AUGUCUCAGUCAAGCGAGCCGUUCGUUGUUCGCUUCUAUAGCAGCGGUGCUCGCGAUGAUGAAGGUCGCGAUCUGGACGACAUUCUGAAAUCCUCCGAUGAAGCUCUCGAGCAAUGUCAUGAUUACAUACAGCUCAUCUUCCCCCUGCCUGAGCGCUCGCCAUACAACCCUGGCGCACCCAUCCUCUCCAAAGAAAUCCGCGAUGCAUUUCUGGGAAACGAACAUCUCCGCAAGCAACUCUCCAGAGCCUUCGCCCGCAUGGCCAGCUUUUACGCCUUCGAUGUCUCUGGAGACCCGCUCGAUCCUGCACUGAAACCGAAGGACUGCUUUCAUCGACUUUCCGCCCAGACCUGGCGUACGCGAAUGGAUCACAACCACCUUCGCAUCACGCGGAUCAUCAGAUCCAUGCGUAUUUUGGGCCUCGAGAACGCGGCUUCAAACUUUUACAGCGCUCUCGUAGCGAACGAAAAUGGGGUGGUCGCCAAAAGCAGCUUAAUGUAUUGGAACCGUGCUGCGAAACGUCCACUCCACCUUCCACCCAAUGAAUCGAAUGAGGAUGCUGCAGGGAUCACGUGGCUGAAGUAG